AUGUUCCUUGAUAUUUUAGAAGGUUUGCUAAAACCCACCAUCCACAGCAACGUCAGAGAUUAUGUGCCAAUUGGCAUAACAGUUCGACUGACCUGCAAUUACGAGGUGUUUUUGGAUAGAAACAUCAAAAUGUCGUGGAAAACACUUCCUAGUUACCAGCUCACCGAAAUUGAUAAAGCAAUAUUUGUUGGAAACCAAACUGAAAUCUCUAUGCACAAUCGGACUCUCAUCAAGCGGGAACUCGUUAUAGAAAAUGUUACCCUAGCACACCAAAGAACAUACCGAUGUGAGGUUUUCGAUGAUAAAAACAAUACGCAUUAUCAUAAUUUUAAGCUACAGGUUCGUGAGACUCCAGAUGAUUUCGUCAUACUUAGCACAGCCCACAACCGAACGGUAAUCAAUCGAAGGUUAAACGAGAAUGGAGAGACGACUCCAAUUCAAAUUAUCAUCCAACACAAGUCGUACCCCUUCAACAUUACCUAUGAAUGGUUCAGAGACGAAGCUGGCAUCAUAGCAAGAAAUGAAACAGACGAUUACCAACAGGAAGUAACCGAGGACUACGUCAAACUGAGAAUCAAACAACCGAAAGUAUAUCAUACAGACAGCUACACAGUUUCAGUUCAAGCAGGAACUGCGAGUGCGAACUUCAGCAUCUCGGUUUUUGUUUAUGGCAAACCUUCCUUGAGUAUGGAUAGUAUAAAAGCCAUCAAAGGUGACCUCGCUAUUUUUAGUUGUUUGGCCGAAUCUUAUCCGUCAGUGGAUGAGAGUUUCAUAUUCCAGCCAUGUGCGGCGGUACCAUGGGGUAACUGUUCGAUUGUAAAUGAAACAGACCCAGGAUGGCAUGCAGGAACCGAUGAGGUUGCAGCCAUCCACUGGGCAUCAGCAACAUUCAAAAUAGUCGCCAAUGAGCCGGGGAUUGUAUACUGCAAGGCUAACAAUACGGAGGGACACGCAAUUGCGCUGGCCUAUUUGAUGUUGGAAGAUUUGACUUCGGAAGAUGUAAAGACCGAUUUUAUCAAACUGGAAAUAGUUCAGCCGAAAAGGUGGAUUACUGUUGGAGAUAACGUUUCAUUCGUAUGUUCAGUAGUCACUCUCGGGGACACGGUUGUAAUGAGUUUCGAGCACAAUGAAAAGUCGUACCCUGGCACCGUAAUACAAGACGAUUCGGUGAUGAAAAAAAUGCAAUUCACACUAUUCAAUGUUAGCUACCAUGAUUCGGGAGAUGUAUUUUGUAUUGUAAACUACGGGAUCAAACCAACAGAGCAAAGAUCCCUUGACAUGGAAGUGAUAGAGGCAAUCGCUCCUCAAUUACGAUCAGGCGAAAUCAACCAGACUCUUAUCGUUGACGUACUUAACCCCUUUAAACUCGAAUGUGAUGUUGGUGGAAUACCUUCACCUACGAUAACGUGGUUCAAAGAUGGAGCGCCUUACGAGUACAAUGUGAGCGAUCCAACAGGUGUGUCUUCAAUCAUUUUUGAAUAUGCUAUCCCAACACAGUCUGGACUAUACGAAUGCAUUGGGGAAAAUAAAAAGGGAAAUAUUACGAUAACCAGGAACGUUACCGUACGAAAAUUGAAACUGAGCGAGCCGCUACUGUAUGCCACGGUGAUGCUUCUAUUACUGACAAUUGCAUUAGCGAUAACGUCGCUGUUCCUCUACGUAAAGAUGAAGCAGGCAACAGGAGUUUCACAUUUUCAGGGCGGCCGCAUUCAAAUUGUGCCCUCAUUGCAGUGA